CUAUCAUGUUCGUUAGUAUAUCGAUUUAAGUUUAUGUUUGCUCGGCGUGUUUGGUUUUGUAAAUGCGUAGAGAAAUAAAUAGUGAACCAUUUUGGAUCUUGAAUACUUCAGUCAAACAUUUAAAGGGUUAAUCUGCCAUGGCUUCUUCUACAACCAACAAUCUUCUCCAAUGCUCAAUAUGUCUUGAAAAGUUUAAACAGCCAAGAGCGUUACCUUGUCUUCACACAUUUUGUCACCUUUGCCUGCAAGAGUUCAUUGACACAAGUGCCAGGAAGGGGAACAUUUCCUCGGGUUUCGAAUGUCCGGUUUGCCGCCGGGAAACACUUCCUCGUGUAAAAGGGGGUCAAGAUCGAGGUCAUCAUGAACAAUGGGCUCAAUUGUUUCCAAUUAAUCACUUAAUCGUGACCUUACUUGAUGAGCAUAAAGGACGUUCUACAGAUGGUCAUGAUAAACAUCGGCCACUGGGUAAAACUGGCAAUUCUUCUACAGUACCAGGCGUUGUCAAAGACUCGGAAUCAAUCAAGAACACACCAGUGCUACUGACGUUGAUUAUUCUUACAGUAACAUUUAUUACAUCCUACACAAUAGCCAAUCUAUCAACACAUUCACAAAUUAAUACCCUUCCCGACAUAGAAACAAAAGAUACGCCCAAAAUACCGACCUCAGCGGAGGGCAUUUCCCAUGAUAUAGGAGGACACGAGCCAUCAUGUAAAGAGGAGAUAUCGAUUCAUUCUACAAAAACCAAAAUACCGCCCUCAGCGGAGGGCAUUUCUCAUGAUAUAGGAAGACACGAGGUACCACGUAAAGAGGAGAUAUCGAUUCAUACUACAAAAGCCAAAAUACCGCCCUCAGCUGAGUGCAUUUCUCAUGAUAUAGGAGGACACGAGCCACCACGUAAAGAGGAGAUAUCGAUUCAUUCUACACAAGCCAAAAUGCCGCCCACAGCGGAGGGCAUUUCUCAUGAUAUAGGAGGACACGAGCCACCACGUAAAGAGGAGAUAACGAUUCAUACUACAAAAGCCAAAAUACCGCCCUCAGCUGAGGGCAUUUCCCAUGAUAUAGGAGGACACGAGCCACCACGUAAAGACGAGAUAUCGAUUCAUACUACAAAAGACAAAAAACCGACCUCAGCUGAUGACAUUUCUCAUGAUAUAGGAGGACACGAGCCACCACGUAAAGAGGAGAUAACGAUUCAUACUACAAAAUCCAAAAAACCGCCCUCAGCUGAGGGCAUUUAUCAUGAUAUAGGAGGACACGAGCCACCACGUAAAGACGAGAUAUCGAUUCAUACUACAAAAGCCAAAAUACCGACCUCAGCUGAGGAUAUUUCUCAUGAUAUAGGAGGACACGAGCCACCACGUAAAGAGGAGAUAUCGAUUCAUACUACCCAAGCCAAAACACCGACCUCAGCUGAGGACAUUUCUCAUGAUAUAGGAGGACACGAGCCACCACGUAAAGAGGAGAUAACGAUUCAUACUACCCAAGCCAAAACACCGCCCUCAGCUGAUGACAUUUCUCAUGAUAUAGGAGGACACGAGCCACCACGUAAAGAGGAGAUAACGAUUCAUACUACCCAAGCCAAAACACCGACCUCAGCUGAGGACAUUUCUCAUGAUAUAGGAGGACACGAGCCACCACGUAAAGAGGAGAUAACGAUUCAUACUACCCAAGCCAAAACACCGACCUCAGCUGAGGACAUUUCUCAUGAUAUAGGAGGACACGAGCCACCACGUAAAGAGGAGAUAUCGAUUCAUACUACCCAAGCCAAAACACCGCCCUCAGCUGAUGACAUUUCUCAUGAUAUAGGAGGACACGAGCCACCACGUAAAGAGGAGAUAUCGAUUCAUACUACCCAAGCCAAAAAACCGCCCUCAGCUGAGGACAUUUCCCAUGAUAUAGGAGGACACGAGCCACCACGUAAAAAGGAGACACAGAUUCAUACUACAAAAGCACCAGAUGAACCCGAAAAUGUUGUCUAUAUGCCUCCAGCACUUCACCAAUUUAGACCACACCAUCCACUUCUGGGUGACUACCCAACCCCUGAGGAUCACAUUAGGCCGCCUUUUCAUCCUCCGAGGGGUCAUAAGAGGCCUCCUCCGCCGCAUCACAGUGAGCGUGGUCGAGGUCACCAUCCCCACCCCCAUGAGCACAGGGGGCCUCAUCACGGACGUCCCCAUCCUCCCCUACACCAUGGGCCAAAACACCACCAUCCACAUGGCCAUAGGGGCCACCGCGGUGAAUACAAGAGCAACAAAUGCAACGGUAGCCACUGCAAAGCCUGCUACAUCCGCUUUCCAAACUGCAAGGGUCUUCCAGAUGGUAAAAUCCCUAUCAACUGGCAAAUGUUCACUCAGUUCUAUGCUGAGUGCGAGAAGGGCCGCUUUAUUGGCAAACUAGAGUGUCCACAAGGGCUGAAGGGAGUGCCAAUGGUUUUCGACCCGUUUCAGGGCUCAAACAUUAAAAGAAAAUCGCUUGCCAAAUUAUAUAAGCUAUUACUGGCUAAAUCUACCAUGGCUUCUUCUAAAACCAACGAUCUUCUCCACUGCUCAAUAUGUCUUGAAAAGUUUCAACAGCCAAGAGCGUUGCCUUGUCUUCACACAUUUUGUCACCUUUGCCUGCAAGAGUUCAUUGACACAAGUGCCAGGAAAGGGAACCUUUCCUCGGGUUUCGAAUGUCCGGUUUGCCGCCGUGAAACUCUUCCUGAUGUGAAAGGGGGUCAAGAUCGAGGUCAUCAUGAACAAUGGGCUCAAUUGUUUCCAAUUAAUCACUUAAUCAUGACCUUACUUGAUGAAUAUAAAGGACCUUCAACAGAAGUCUAUGAUAAACAUCGGCCACUGGGUAAAUCUGGCAAAUCGUCUACAGUACCAGGCUUUGUCAAAGACUCGGAACCAAUCAAGAACAUACCAGGAGGACACGAGCCACCGCAUAAAGAGGAGACACCGAUUCAUACUACAAAAGCACCGGAUGAACCAGCAAAUAAUGUCCAUAUGCCUCCACCACCUCACCACUUUGGACAACACCAUCCACCUCCGGGUGACUACCCACCACCUGAGGAUCACAUUUGGCCGCCUUUUCAUCCUCCGAGGGGAAGGAUGAGGCCUCAUCCGCCGCAACAUAGUGGGUGUGGUCGAGGUCACCAUCCCCACCCCCAUGAGCACUUGGGGUCUCAUCAUGGACCUCCCCACCCUCCCCCACACCACGGACCAAGACACCACCAUCCACAUGGACAUAGGGGCCACCGCGGUGGGCGUUGCCACGGUGGAAGAGGUAGAGGACGAGGAGAAUGGUGAAAUAACAUGGUAUAUCUUGUUGUCAUGAGUUUAUGUUGAUAUAAAUCUUCGUAUAUUAAUGAAGAUGUGAUUUUAUAAAGAAUUUAUGAUGAAAUAUGAAGUGUGAGUGUUUUUUCAUUUUUAAACAAAUAAACUGCAAAAUAGCACGUGUUGAAGCUGCAUAGUGUUUGUCGUUAAUGGUAGAGUUUAGUCUUAAGUUUGUAUUAACUGUAUUUUGCAUAGCGGUAUUGCGCUGGCAUUUUGUUGUGUAGAAUUAUGUAUUAAAAACGCCAUAUGUACCUUGUACUGUGAAAGUGGUAGUGUUCAAUAUGCAACUUAAGUCAGUCUUAUGACCAUACAUGUUUGACUUCGUUCACUGCAUAAGCCAGUUAUUUAUAUCAAGUAAUCCGAUUGGCUGCAUCGUCCUUAUAUCAAAGUUAUACCAAUAUUAAAUAUCAGCGCAGAAAAUCCGGUA